GACGAUACAUGGAUCGCCGGUGACUUGGGAAUGAUGAAGGGUCUGGAAUGAGCAGAUGUGUUGAUGCGCUGUCCAAGGUGCUGAAGAGCCACAGACGCUGUUGUUUCUUUUCCAGGCGAGACGAGACACAUGAACAGACGUGAAUGCCGAGCAGCACAACACGGCACUACAGUUCGACUCUUUACACAUAACCCCCAUCAAGAGUAAAUGGGACCGCACGUCGACCGAGCGUUAGAAAGAUGGAGAGAUUUUUCCUGCUCGUCAUCAGCUGUCUCUGCGUCUGUCGAGUCACAGCGGAUAGCUUGUCACCUCCUGUCAAUGUGACCAUCAAAGCAGUGAAGGCAAACUCUGCUGUGGUGACAUGGGACAUCCCCGAAGGAGACCCCGUUAUUGGCUUUGCCAUCACACAGCAGAAAAAAGAUGUGCGCAUGCUGCGAUUCAUCCAGGAAGUCAACACCACCACACGUUCCUGUGCAUUAUGGGACUUGGAGGAAGAGACGGAUUAUAUUGUGCAUGUCCAGUCCAUUAGUAUGUCUGGAACAAGUCCACUGAGUGAACCCCUGCGCUUCCGAACACCAAAGGAGGCAGAGACGCAGGCCUCCAAAGGUAAAGAUGAAGUGACGAUGGAGGAAGUAGGCCAGUCCACACAGCUGAGGGCGGGGGAGCUCAUCAUCAUCGUGGUGGUACUUGUCAUGUGGGCAGGUGUGAUUGCCCUCUUUUGUCGCCAGUAUGAUAUUAUCAAAGACAACGAGCCCAACAACAACAAGGACAAAGCCAAAAACUCCUCAGAGUGCAGCACUCCUGAACAUCCAACAGGGGGGCUGUUGCGUAGUAAGGUAUAAUCCACCCCACUUCAUUCCCGGGUGCCUCGCCAACAGCAGCGCUGGGCAGAUCCCCAAGAACAAAAACAACAGGAUGCCAUCUGUGAACAUCAUUGAGGUGUGACUUCAGGACAUCUUCUCUUUACCCAUAAUACUUUGUGUUCUCACAAACAGGUUGGCCUCUUUAAAACCCAUCUGUUUGUCAGGAUGAGGCUGGGACUCUGGGAUUCUGAGCUGAGCUUACUUUCCUUUGGCCUGGUGCGGAGGUGAAGCUGCAGUACUCGGGGUGUUCAGACACAGCCUAGUCGGUGCUGGUCUGAGAGAGCUCAGUGGAUGGUUUAUAGCUGCAAAAUGCUCAAUAACCAGUGUAGCAGCACGGGGCAGUAGAUAUCAGGGCCAAAAGGCUUUGGUGGUGGAAGAAGUAAUGAUGAAACAAUCCUAAGGACCAAAGCUCAUGGGGACCUGUCCCUUCUUUAUUCCUGUUUCCUUUCAGUGAGUUAUCAACAUCCCCAAACUGGACAUUUACCUCUGAUGGCUUGUACUUAAUUUCCACCCUUGACACUGUAGUUCCAUCACCACAUCACAUUCCUCUUCACUUUCUUUACACACAUCACUGUUUUACUCAUCUCACAAGGUGCAUCUGUACAAGCAGACUUUGUCUUGUCCUGUGGGAACAUUUUUUUGUGCCAAGUCUGUUUUUCCAUCUUAAGGUGUCCAGACUCCACCUGGCUAAUUCAGGAGCCAAUCUUAAGAGGUGCUGCAAUGAUGCAAGAGCAUCUUUAGAGGGAUCACUCACAAUCUUGCCAACAAGUGAAGCUAAUUCCUCUCAUUUUGAAAGGCAUCUCUGUUUUAAAAACAUUAAAGUCACUCGCUGGCCAGUUUUGGCAUCAUCUUGCUCACAUUUGCCUUCGUCUUCAUAUUUUUGUUAUAUAUUUUUAAAAUGUAACAUUCCACAUUCAGGAUUGUGUCUUUUUCUCUCAAGGCGACACAUUUCAAAGUACUGUGGAAGGUAAAAGAAGUGCCAUAAUGGAGUACAUUCAUCUAUUUAAUGAACUUUUCAGGGAUGGAUAGCUAUGGGAGUCACUGAAGAGACACUGAUAAGAUCCCUUAUAUCAGCAAUAACAGCCUCUGAGAAGCACGAAAGAAAGGACUCGAACUCUGUGUAGCCUCUUUGUGAAAAACUCCACCUCUCAGCAUGCAAUGUUCUGACAGAUGAACAAACUGCAUAUCAAGUGUGAGGGAAAUCUAAGCCUCAUUUGCAGGGAAUCUUUCCUGUGAACUUUCAGAGAAAAGGCUUUCAGCGCUGUUGUCUGUUUCUAAUGGAGAGCACUGGGAUUCAAAAGAGAUUGUGCCCAACUUUCAACCCCGACACAUCUUUACAGCAUCCUGAACAGAAGGGCUUCUAUCAAGACUUAUUCAGAAAUUAAACUAUGUUUUGAAAGUCCUUGUUGAACGUAAAGGUAAAGCAUAAACUGUCCCACAUGGUACUUUACACAGCGUAUUGUAGACGAAGAAGCAAAUGGUGUAUUUGAGGGCUUAUUCAAACUCUAUAGUGCUGCCUUAAAAGUAAUCUUUAUGACUUAAUGGAUAAGAUGGCAGGCCCUAUAUCUCAAAUUUGUCAUAUUUAUUAGCUUUCAAGUAAUAUUUAUAUGUGUGAAGUUCAAAAACAUUUUACAGACUGAUGCCAUGUUGACCAAGCUAAAGUGAAAACAAGAAAGAAGUGGUUGGGAAUUGAUGUGUAAAUACAUUUUAUAUUUCAUUCUUGGUGGAUGGUGUCAGUUUGGUACCUUUGUGAAUGACGAGACUCAUCUGGAAAAUGUCUAGACUCCUUAUGUAAAAGGGUCACUGCUACUGGUACAAUGUGGGUGUUUUUUUUUUGUGUGUGUUAAUACACUUAGUCCUGUCAUCGAGCUUGUUCAUAGCACUCCUCUACUGUUAUGUAUUUCUAUUACAUUAUGUCAUUGUGCUCUUUAUGUGCCAAGAGAAGACUUUUUUGAUGAGGACACUGAUGAAAAGUUCUGGAUAGCUUGAUCGAUCAUAAAAGGCCAUUCAGUCCCUCAAUCAGAAUUGACAGACUGAGAACUCAUCAGCUAGUCUUGUUGGGCACAGACACCCUCUCAGUCUGUUGAAUGGACAGAUAAAUGCAUGUGUGGUGGCAAAGAGAGGCAGCAAAAGUGGUUAUGAGAAUUUAAACCUCAGUUAAAAGGAGUGGAUAGAUUGCAGGCCACUUCCUUCCAUGUUCCCCUUCUUCUAUACAGCCACUCCUUGAAAUUUUAAACCUACAAUAUAGAAGAUCAAGAAUGCAUCCUUUUAACAACCACUCAUUUAUACUGAAGCCAAGAGCAAGUUGCAAGUAGAACGGAGAAAAAGAAAGUCAGGAGCCCCUUCUGAAUUAUCAAAACAGGAGUUAUGUUGUUACCAGGAGAGCUUUGAAAUGUUCUCCAGUGUUCUCCAGAGUAUUGGUACUUCACCAAAGAAUUUUGUGGUUGAAGGUAGACUCACAUUUUAUCAGCGAUGCAAGCUAGCUCUUCAGUUAACCCAUACAGUUAAACACAAUGAUUAAGGUCCUAGAUGAUUUCUCUGAACUUGGGCUAAGGCUAGCCACACACUGGAUGGUUUUCAAAUCUGAAAUGAUUCUAAAAACAAGGGACCACAGACACAAAGACAACUUCAAACAGCUUUUCAUCCCAUAAUCCUCUGUGUGCACACACUAGACCAUUGGUUCCCAACUUGUCCAGCCUCAAGACCCACCAGUCUGUCUUACGGCAGAUCGUGACCCAAACUUCCAAAAACAUUUCAACAAUGCAUGUUUACUUAACUAAAUAUGUUGUACUUUGAAGCAUGAUUGGACCAAGACACUUGAGAUGAAAAAGAAAAGGGACAAAACUGACAAAUUUUAUACACUUUCCCUAACAUUACGUGUCAAUUUUUGCCAAUUUUCCAGAGAAACUAAGAAAUUACCUUAUUAUCAUGGGAAAAGUGCCAUUUAUUGCAAGAAAAGGAGAUAAAUUAGUUGAAAUAUUGAUGAAACAUUUAAAAAUACCGAA